AUGGUAAUCAGGUCUAAGGAACAGCCAGUAGUGCCCUUAGGUGCAUUGGCCACCACCGGUGCCAUUAUUUUGGCGGCAAGAUCAAUGAAAAGAGGCGAAAAACUUAGAACACAGGUAUAUUUCCGUUACAGAGUUGUUUUCCAAUUGAUCACGUUGGUUGCUUUGGUUGCUGGUGGUGUAAUGAUGCAGCAGGAAUCCGCGGAACAGAAAAAGACCCGUGAAGACAAGUUGAGAGAAAAGGCCAAGCAAAGAGAAAAAUUGUGGAUUGAAGAGUUGGAAAGAAGAGAUGCGUUGAUUCAGGAAAGAAAACGUAGAUUAGAAGAAUCUAGAGCUGAAUUGAAGAAAAUGGCCGAAGAAGGUUUCAAGCAAGAAAACGACAAUAGCAAAGGAAAAUGA